UGGUUUUCGCUUGAAUCAUAACCUUUAAGUUUUUGUCUUUCGAGAAAGUGACCGUCCCAUGCCGAACUGUAUCUGGUCCCUGAACGUGCCUUGGGUAGUAUACCGAAAUAGGCCUUGGAUACUCGGUCCGUCCUGGAUUGACCUGUACAUAUUUCCAGAACGGCUUGCCAGAUGAUUGGUCCUUUUCGAAUAGUGAUAGCGCACUGUUAUAAAGCCGUUUCAUACUCCAAAGGACACUAUCGCUCUCAUUUGUGCCCAGUCGGAUAGUAUUCAGGCGCGCAGGCAGCUAACCUCACCAUUUGUUCAUCCGACCAUCAUCCUGCUCACUCGUUAAACCCACUUUUGCCUUUCCUUACCUUUGUCUUACGCAGCCACCAUCAUUUGUUUUAUUUUCCAUUAUGACAUAUCGUCUGCCCUCUAAUCUCGAAUCCUUCGUGCCCCCUCCUGCUGCUCAAAGUUCGGGCCCUACUUCUGCCCUCACGCAUCCGUGGCGCGGGACGUUCAUUGUCAGUGGCAUGCGGGCCUCUGAUAAAAGCAGCAAUCAAGAAAUCAGAGUCACCGCUGUUGAAACUGAUGGAGAUAAUCGCGUUCAUACAUGGCCAACAAACGUGAUGUUUUCCCUGACGUCUCCAUGCGCACUAUCGAUAAUGUCCCAGGUGCAAUCUUACAUUCGCCAAAACAGAAACAGCCCCAUUCCUUUGUGCACAAUUCUUCCUGAUCGUUUGCGCGACCCGAAUACGAAUGCUGUUAAUCUCUCAAAUUUCAGGAAUCUAUCUCGCAUAUUGUAUGAAAACGAGAUGGUCGCUCUGGCGUCGCUUUCAUCUGCUAGCACGCCAGGAACUCCCCAGGCUCCGCCUUCCUCGGGAAUUCUGAUAUUUCCUGCAUCCAAUUCAACUGCCUUGCUCGUUGGGGCAUUGUUCCUCGAUGGAGAAUCUUUCCCUGACUUUGUGCUGUCUGCGAUGAAAAAUGCCCGGGGUGAUAUGUCGCCUUCGUUUGCUUCGCCCAGCAUCCCAAUUUCUCCUUCCGUUAUCCAAGCGCGGUCGCAGCAUCGUUUAUAUCAGCAAUCAGAACAAAGGGACAUGAUAUCUUCCGGCCCGUUCCGCCCUUACGAACACAUGUCGUCUUCGACAUACCCGUCGACAGCGAUGCGCUAUCAGCACCGUCAGUCGCCAUCCCUAAGUCCCGUGUCGCCGGUCGACAACCCUAACACGUCAAUUGCCGGUUUUCACAAUCGUUCCCAGCAGUACCCCCAGAUGCAACAGAGUACUGACUCCGCUCAACGGCCUUCCGCUGGUCAAUAUCGCUAUAUGAUGCAUAAUCUUUCACUACCACCCGUUCCUGACGAGAGCAACAAUUAUCCAUCUCCUUAUCGACACAGUGAUUUUCCCGGGCCGGCAUCCACUCCAGUGGAUCCAAGGACUAGCUCUCAACCGUGGACGGUGAAGCAGGAAGGUGACGAUCCUUCCGCUUUUUAUCAGCAUGAAAACAGCGGUCCUCAUUCUCGCUACGCUUGACAUUAUUACCUUCUCCUUCGCACAUCAUGAUUCCCUUCCGAUCUUACCAUUUGUUCUCGCUUGUUUUGACGUACUGUAUUAUCGCCUCGAUCCAUCAGGCCGACUGGCUGGAUAUCCCUUAGAGCGGAUUGGUCCACCCGA